GGCCCCCCCAGCCACUGUUCAUGCACCUCAUUCCCUCCCUCACCGACUUCCAAUGUCCUCUUCUCUUCUUCGAAGCGCCGCCGUUCAUUUCUUACCGACCUUAAACUGUUUCUCGAACCACCACUCUUCGGCGCCGCAUCAAAUAAAAAAAAAAAACUUUUGUUUUCUCUGCUGACGAUGACGGAAACCUGCCGUGGGCGAAUCGCCAUGGCCCGGGUGACGGCCAGCGACGGCUACGGAUACCUGGCAUCAUCACAUCGAGAUAUCGUCACAGAUGCUUGACCCCCUGCAAUGUAUCUAUCUGUAGGUGCUCUUCGGAGAGCUUGUCCACGGCCAACGCUGUUCCUGUGUACACUACCAACCGCUACUUGGUCGAUUCGACUGCAGCUGCAUUAGUGGCCGCGCAUAUGGAUCUCGGAGAAGUCUCCCUUCGUCCCUCCUUGUGUCCCAGUCCGUCACUGCGGUGCUCUGAUGAGCCGGCAUUUCCCUCCAGAAGCUACAGGGCACCGUUGUCUGUCUGGAUGCCCCCGGCGGCACCAGCCCAGCGGCGAUAUCCCCCAGAGUGCCGCCGAGGUGGACGAGUCGUCCUGUCCGUUUCCCCUUCCGGUCUACCUGCAGAAGCAGAGACAUUGGCCUUCGGCGGUUCCAUUUUUGCCACCUUCUGAGAAGGCCAUGUCUGCAUACAAACGCGCCUUUUACCCAAAAAAAGGCCUGCGGGCCCGCCCAGAUCGGACCAAAACAAAAGGGAAGAGCGGAGGGGGGUUGGACAGGCGCGGGAGUGGAGGCCGGAGCAGGGCCAAGCCUGAGAGAAGAAUAGCAACAUCGAGCAUGAGCAAGUGCAUCAUGAGCCAACAGGACCCAUAUCCUUUCCCCAUACCACACUGGUCGGACUUAUCAGAGGAGAUCUUCCCCUCCAAGUCGAUGCAUCCCCCCAUGUUGAUGGGGUGGAGUUGGUCCGGUCUCAGCGGUUGUAUCAACUGGCAACGACACACGCCAACACAUCAAGAGGGUCACACUUUGAGCCGCAUCUUUUGUCGACAUGCAUUCGACAACCCUUCCACUCUGUCCGUCUAG